AUGGCUGUAACAAUAAACAGUGCCAUAUUCUGUGGUCAGUUGGGUUUGAGCCUGAUGCAGACAUUUUUUAUGUUUUAUUAUGUCAAAGUAUUCCUGAAUAUUUAUAAGAUCAAUCAGUUUUGGUUUGGUAUUGCGCAGAUGUUAUUUGCUAUUUGGAAUGCCAUCAAUGAUCCUUUGUUCGGUUAUGCUCAGUUUUAUGGUUUCCAUGGAGCAGCAUGGAUGGAUCGUCAUUGCCAUAUGUUAUCGGAUGUCAUUUGCUGUAUUAGUGUUGCAUGGAGUGCUUUAUUCGCGGAAACAACUUGCAGUAAAUGUGAACGUAUUUCAGCUUUGAAAUUUUCCCAAUUUGCAAUUCUUUUAUCUGUUAAUAUUAUACCAAUCACUGAGAAACUGACUAGUGGACUGAAUGAUUUCCGGACUUUCCAAUAUAUUAGCAUUGUUAUUGCGGUUUUAGCAUUGCUUUGUUUCAAAGUUGCCGGAUCGAUACAUUAUCAAAACAAAUUGCUGCAUGAAGAUUUAUUCUCUUCAGCAACACCAUUACAGGAAAAAUUUAAGAAAAAAUUUUUGAAUGUUUUCAAAAUAACGAAACAAAUAUUAACAAGACGUGAUUUCCGAACCAUUACUAUAACCUAUUUCCUUCAUGCGUUCAGGUCAACUGUUCAUUUGAACUUUGCUGUCAUUGCCACCGAAAUACUCAUCCCAGAGCAGGUUAUGACAAAAGGGUCUUGGAAAAUGAGUCUUUUCUAUGUGGCGUGUACACUUAUGCCUCAGCUGUGUGUAAUAUUAAGCGGUGAAACAUUCAUCAGAAUAGGUGUCGCGUCGGUUAUUAUGAAGUCAUUUAUGGCUUCCAUGAUUGCUUCUGUGUUUCUUCUAAUCUUUGGCUAUAAUCACCCAUAUCUGAUCAUUUUAUUCAUGUUUUUUGACAGCAUAUCAGUCCAUUCAGUAGCUCCAUUAUAUCAAGUUUUGUUAGCUGAUUAUAUUGACGAAGAUAUGAUCUUUUUUUCAAGACAAAAGCCGAUCUCUACUAUAAUAUAUAGUUUAGCCGCUCUAUUGGUCAGACCAGCUCAAUCUGUUGCACCAUUUAUUAUUGUAAUGAUUCUUACAUAUUAUGGUUAUAAGGAGUACCAAGCGAGUAAUUUGGUGAGUUUGCAACUCAGUAAUGGUAUGUUUUAUGUUGUUUGUUCAACAACUUUGGUCAUUAGUGCUGUGCAGUUACUAAUUUUUUAUUCUUUUGCUUUAAAAUGCUCAAUAAAAAAUCCCAAAGGUGAUAUCUUGUAG